GCGUUGCAUCACUUGCAAAAAACGGUUGGGACUAUAACUAUUUGGGUGGACGCAAUUUGCAUUAACCAGAAUGACAAGCAGGAAAAGCAUAGGCAGAUACGACUAAUGGGCAGAAUUUAUUCUUCCGCUCACACGGUCUAUGCCUGGCUAGGAGAAGGGACGAACCAAACGGAUGAGGCAAUGGAGUAUCUAGCUAGGGGCGGACUCCCUUUCAGCAGGUGCAUCACCAGUUAUAUUGGUCAUGGAGUCCUAUCAGACAAACGGAUACCGAGUGGCUAUUCCAUGUCGAUACGUCUACCUCUAGGUAAAAUUAUAAAUCGUUCUCAAAUACCUCCUCUUUUAUGACAUGGCGAAAGCAUAGUGGGUGUAUCCUUGUCAUAGGUACCCAAAAUGGGCAUCAAGUCCCUGUAACUUCUUCAGCCCUGUCGAAAUCCUCUCGCUUUUAGCACUUUGAUAAUUACCGGUGGGAUGGCAACUU